AUGGGCCACCCUCCCGACGAGCCGCCCGCCGUGCGGGAGCUGGAGGAGGCUGUGCGCACCCUCCAGGACCGAAUCGACCGGAUAGAGUGUGGAGCUAGGAGGGGGAUCAUGCAGCAUCUGCUCCAGCUGUCAGCCCUGGGAGCCUUCCUGGGAUACCUCAUGACAUGGGAGGCACUCUCAGCCUCCACAGCUACCCUGGAUGAUGGCAAUGAUCAUCCCAAAAGCCCCCCCCCCCCCCCGCCCGCCGUGCGGGAGCUGGAGGAGGCUGUGCGCACCCUCCAGGACCGAAUCGACCGGAUAGAGCAGGAGCUGCCGGCCCGCACCAAUGGCUCAGCACCCACUGCCCCGGCACUUGCCCGUGAUGCCCUCCACACCAAGAUGGAGCAGCUGGAGGAGCAGCUCCUUUCCAAGAUCCUGACCCUGCAGAAGGAGCGCCAGGCCGCCAGCACUGACCGCAGCCAGCAGCAGCACAACAUUGAGAAGGAGCUGAACUCCCUGCAGAACCGGGUGAUGGAGCUGGAGCACGGGCCACUGGGCUACAGCCCUCCUGAUGCCUUCAAGGUGACCAUCCCGGUGCAGAACAACUACAUGUAUGGCCGCAUGAAGAAGAGCCUGCCGGAGCUGUACGCCUUCACCAUCUGCAUGUGGCUGAAGUCCAAGGCCCUGGCAGGCAUUGGCACCCCAUUCUCCUACUCUGUCCCGAGCCAAGCCAAUGAGAUUGUGCUGUUGGAGUGGGGCUCUAACCCCCUGGAGCUGCUCAUCAAUGACAAGGUUGCCCAGCUGCCGCUGAAUCUGAAGGACAAGGCCUGGCACCACGUCUGCGUGGCAUGGACCACGCGGGACGGCAAGUGGUCAGCGUACCAGGAUGGUGAACAGCGGGGUGCCGGCGAGAACCUGGCCUCCUGGCAUUCCAUCAGGCCCCAGGGCAUCAUCAUCCUGGGUCAGGAGCAGGACACCCUGGGGGGCCGCUUUGAUGCCACACAAGCCUUCGUGGGAGAGCUGGCGCAGUUUGGCGUGUGGGACCACAUGCUGGCACCAGCGGAGAUCCUGGCCUUGGCUAACUGCACCUCCCACCUCCAAGGGAAUGUGAUCCAGUGGGAUGAGCAGGCGGUGGAGGUGUUUGGAGGUGCCAGCAAGGCGGGCUUUGCUGCCUGCGAGGAAGGGAGGAAGGCGUGAGCGCCCCCAGCCCUCUCCCCAGCGCCAAGGAGCCCGGUGGCAGCCCUGAAGCGGGAGCCCCUUUCUCCCCUCCCAGACCAGUGAGCCUUGCUGGGGCAGUGCUUGAGCCCCCUGUGCUGGUGUCCCAGGAGGGAGAGGGGCCCCUGGAAGUCUCCCUGUUGUCCCUGUGCUGGUGCUGUGGCUUGUCCUCGCUCCUGGCAGGCUGGCUUCUGAGUCUCGUCUUGCCCCACUUCUGUUUUGGGUGGAACUCGCCGUACCUGCAGGUGUCCUUGGUACGGUGAGGGCCCUCACCUCGCCAGACCUAACAGGGAGUGGGAAGGAGAACUCCAUCCACUUUGAGUGCAGUCCAGCCUCAGCAGGAUGCCAGGGUGCAGGCAUCACCUGAACGCAUCCCCCUUUCCUUAUUUAUUGCUAACAACCUCACUGUCCAGUUUCAUGAGCCUGCAUUCCAGGAUCUCACCUCCAUCCCCAUCCUUCUCCUGCUGCCCUGGUUUUUCAAAUGUGGCCCCAGGGAAGCUGAGGGAGAAUGGCAGAGAGUCAGUAGCACUUACCCCCUGCACCCCUUUCCCUGCCUCUGCUGCCUGUUUGGGCAGGGCUGCCCGAGGGGAGCCAGGUUUUUGAGGCAGUGGGAAGAGGGCACUUCCCAGCACCUCCAAGCUGUGGAUGGAUCAGCCACCAAGGGAAUGGGGGGAAAGGGGCAAACAUCUCCCCCAGCGCUGGCCGAGGGGGAAAGAGGGCAGGGCUGCCACCGAAGGCAGCAAAAGCAAGAAAAGAAGAGAUGGAGGAUGGUGGUGGUCAGAGGAGCCCUGCCAUCCAUCCCCCUGUCUUUUGGUACUGGAUUGGGCUACUGCCCUUGGUUCCACCCAGCUCCCCUUCUUUAGCUGCUCCUUGCCAGGAACAGGGCUGCCACUGGCCUUGAAACUGGGAGGGUGAAAGAGCAGGCUGGUGUUUUCCCUGUGGAGUGCCUGAGAAUACUCUGUUUCCACAUUGUGUGGUCACCGACAUCUCGAUAUGUGAGUGUGUGUACGUGCACAUGUGUGUGUGUCUGGGGGGCGGGGUGGGAGGGUUAUUUCGGGGCUCUCAUGGUUGCUCAAUGCAGUGUUCAGCUUCCAGUGUUCCCCCCCUACCCCAAGUCCCACUUUGGGUGACAGCUGCUCCCGCCCCUGGGGGAGGCAAAGCUGGCAGGAGGGUCAGCCCUGCCACCCCCUAUCCCCCCACCCAGGGUCUCUGCCGGGGCGGGGGUGGCUCAGCCCGCUGGGAAUGACACAGCGGGGAUGGGGAGCAGCCCUUGUGCCAAGUGGGAGCACUGUGACCUCCGUGCACCCCGAGGAGCUGCCCCCUCUCCCUCGCCCGCUCGCGCGCUUUCUCCGAUGCACGUUUGUGAAAAGGGCCCCCGGCCGCAGCCGUGUCGGGACACUUCUUUUGUAAAGCUGAUCGUGAACAAUAAACGUGAUGUUUUCU